AUGUCGAACUACGCUCGCGCGAAUGUUUCUCUCGGUCUCGGUGUACGGGAGAGAUUUUUCCAAAAUGAAUAUUUGGAUCCGCAACUAGAUCCUUCGUUGCGUGAAAUAGGAAAUGUGAGAGCCGCCAUCGUAGUCCUUACCAGGAACUCAGACCUCACAGAAAUCUUGCGAACUAUGAAACAAUUUGAGGGUCGUUGGAAUAGGAGAUAUAAUUACCCCUAUGUCUUCUUGAAUGACGGGGAAUUUAGCCAGAGGUUUAAAGACAAGACAAGUGCGGCAACGAGAGCCAAGACUUUCUAUGGUACGAUUCCGCAAGAAAUGUGGAGUUACCCGUCAUGGAUAAAUCAAACCAAGGCUGCGGAAGUACGCGCACAAAUGGCCAAGGAUCAAAUUAUUUAUGGGGACUCUGAGUCGUAUCGACACAUGUGCCGAUUCUAUUCCGGUUUCUUUUUCCACCAUCCACUCCUUAAGAAAUAUGAUUAUUACUGGCGCGUAGAACCCGGAGUCAAGUACAAUUGUGACAUCAAUUACGAUCCAUUUGCUUUCAUGCAGAAGUAUAAGAUCAAGUAUGGGUUUACUCUGUCUCUUAUGGAAUACAGAAGCACCAUAGCCACUCUAUGGGAUACUGUGAGAGACUUUAUAGACGAGUAUCCGAAUUUGAUAAAUCCCAACAAUUUUACACGUUGGAUUUCAGAUGAUGAUUUGGAUAACUACAAUCUUUGUCAUUUUUGGAGUAACUUUGAAAUCGGUGAUCUAAACUUCUGGAGAAGCGAGGCAUAUACAAAAUUCUUCGAUUAUCUUGAUAAAAGUGGCGGCUUUUUCUACGAACGAUGGGGAGAUGCGCCAGUUCAUUCGAUAGCUGCGGCAUUAUUCUUGGAAAAAUCGGAUGUGCACUUCUUUAAUGACAUUGCGUACAGACAUGAACCAUUCGAACAUUGUCCUCCUGAACCAAGAUAUCGUGGCAAUUGUCAAUGCAACGUUUCAGAAAAUUUUGAUAUGCAUUGGUAUUCUUGCACCAGAAAGUGGUUUGAAAUCUGA